UUCGGCUGACUUGCUCGACAGCAUUCGCAUCGUUGCUUAAAUUGCCGGUCAUGUGCUGGAAGAAGUCAGAAAACCGGGUGCGAGCGAGUGAGCGUAUACGAAACGUCAUUGUACCGAAAGCAUUCGUGAACCGUUCGUGUGUAUUUCGGUUUACCCGCCAUAUUAACACACCAUCGGACCACCAGCAGGUAGUCGGUGAAGGUAGAACUGCACGCAUUAAAUUUAGUAUACAGAAAGGAAAAGUGGAUCCAAUAAAAAUCGACUUCUGACCCAACAAUUAAGAUAUAUUGUCCUAAUAUAGGCAUUAAUUAAGUAUACAUAAGGGAAAAAUGGACUCACUAAAAAUUGAAAAGUCGGCUUCUGAUCCGAGAAUUGAGAUAUAUUUGUAAGAAAAUAAACAGAAAGUCAUGGCUACUGACAAAUACAUACAUAUGUAUGUACAUAUGUAUACCAUAUAUCUAGCCCAUAUCAUGUAAAUAUCGCUCCUGUAAAAUCCUUAACUUCAAGGAAUAAUAAAAGAGCCUUUAACUAGUAACAUUUCCAUCGGCAGUCGGGUUUACCAACUAAAUUGGUUGCUUCGAAAUUUUCGCAGACAUGUCGUCUGGAGGAGCAGGAUCCUCAGCAACUGGUGCAGCCGCCAAUGACUUUUUUGGCUGGGAUUUGCUAUACAAAACAAUUGAAAAUACUGUUGAUAAAAAGUCUGAUGUAUUGAUUGCACUAGCGCACUUUUUGCUUGUGAAACACUAUAAGAUGCAAUGCAUCGGCAUUGGAGAAGAUAAAACUAUUUCAACAGAAGAUGUUGGUUCUGAACUUUUACCUGAUGGUUGGAAUGAUCGAGGCAAGAGAUACGCCUUGCGUUAUUUACACAAUGGUCGAUUGUAUCUUCUAAUAGGACAUAAUACAGAGGAUUUUAUUACUAUGAAUUUACUCGAUGUUAAGGACACCAAGGUAACUAAUAUAACUCUAAAUCCACAAGAAUGGAUAAAACAGCUUAAAGGACCGCUAAACACAAUGAUGCCUGAAGCGUCGUUAAUAUCAGAUCGUUAUCGCAAAGAGUUAGUUGACCCGGUGUUCACGGGAAAUACACGAGAGGUAACCACACAAACAAACGUAAAUCAAGAGUCACGAACACCAAACUUCCGCGAUCCACUCGCAAUAGGCGGGCCGAUGAGACCUGGCGGUUCUUUUCGAAUGGAGCCUCGCCCGUUUGGCUUUCCCGACGUUGGACGUGGCGACUUAGAUCCUUUGGGUCGCGGUGGUCCUGGUAAUCUCUUUCCGAUGCCUUCACGUCCCGAUUUUAAUGCCGGUCUGAAUCCGCGUUACGAUCCCGUUGGUCCAGACGGACGUAUUCUGCGUGCCGAACCCAAUCCGGAUCAUCUGCAACCACCAAAUUUCGGUUUCGACUACUACAUGUAAUAAUGAAAAUGCCAAAAAGCAUAUGAAUUAUUUUAAAUAUUCAUAAAGGAUGUAAUUAGGUUAAAUAAUUGUUGGUUAAAGCCUAUUCUUUUGAUAGUUGCAAACUGUUUAAUUCAAGAGCGGACUUUAACAUGUGCCUUUAACGCACUUCGAACUACAUAAAACUGAAUGAUAAUAAGAAUUUAGGUUACUAUAAUAAAUAAUAAAUAAAUAAAUGUUAAGGGAUAAUUUGCAACUUUGCUUGAAUGAGUCUUAACCAUUGAUUAAAUAACCGAAAAACGAAAAGAAACAACAAUUAAUUUGUAUUGGUAAUUUUUAUAUCGAUUUAUCAACUGUAAGACAAUACUUAAAUCAAAUUAUGUGGUUUAAUAUUUGAAUUGCAUUUGAGUAAAAUUAUAUUAUAUUUAUUAUUCAAUAAAAUAGUUUGGUUAUAGUACACCUGGAA